UAGCUUUUAGCAGAUAAAUUCACGACUCGCGAGCUUUAUUCGUCGGCAUCUCUGGAGAAGUUCUUUCGGCGGGGACGGAAAUUUCCAUUUUUGAACUGUUAGGUGGUGGUGGUACUCUAGUUGCUAUGACAACGGAAACGGCAAAGAAGAAGGGAACUCCGCAGAUUCUUAAAAAAGAUACUGCUCUAAAACUUGCUGAGAAGUGGGUUGCCAAUAUGACUAGGCCUGCAGAAGAUGAUCCUAUUGAGACUGAACAAGAAGUUCGACCACACAGGCUUGGACUUGGUGCUAAAGUGUCACGACAAACAAAGCGUAGACCAUCAGAUGACCCUCUCGAUCAGAAACUACAAGCCAAGUUUGAUGCAGGGAAAAGAAAAUAUGCAAGAUCGGUUGCAGAAUCACUUGGUUCUAGUAAGAACACCGGUGAUGAUAGUGAGGAUGAUGAUGAAUCAGAAAGCAAGAGCCAAGCAUUCGGCAAGAAAAAGAAAAAUACAAGUACCCCUCAUUAGAGUUUGUGAUGUACUAUAGUUAAAUUCAUGGCUUUGUAUUUGUUUUGAUUGUUGGCGACUAGCUAAAGCCAUAUAAUUGUAGUUUUGUUGGUGCUUGGUUAAAACAUCAUCUUUGUCUUAUGUAAGUUCAAGCCUCGUGUUAUUACA